AUGCCAAUUGGGCCCCUUUCUGGGCCUCCGCCAGCACAAAGCACGCUCGCGCUGGUUGAUCUUCCUGACUGGGCCAAAGAGAUCGACUCUGUGGACGCGACUGAGGAAGGAUAUGAUGCAUGGUGGGCAGAAGUCUCUGUUAACUGCUGGCGGCAACAACACGAUGAGGUAUUCGCUGCCAUCUUCGGGGAACUGCGAUAUCCCUACGCCGCUGACGUUGAUCAACUUGCUCGCAUCCCUGAAGACGCUGCACAAGCUUCUCCUCCUGCUGCUAAACCGGCUCCGCGACCCGCGCAAGCCCCACGUCAGGCCCAAGCUGGUAUCGUAAUCCUCGAACCCCUUCAAGAGGGGAGCUCGCCACUUUCUGGCAGUCGCGCAGCCAAUGCUUCCCAAGCCGCUGACCAGUCUGGGAAGCAAAAGGCAGUAAUGAUAGAGCCUGAGGACAAAGAAUCCUCCUCCUCUGAUGAUGACAUGCAAACGAUCGCAGCUCUCUCGGCUCGGAAGCGCGCUCGUUCUGAUCCUCGAACUGACCUGUGGGCAGAGGAUGAACCAAUCGCUGACCGACUGGUUCGCCACAGGUCCUCGAGACAUGCUGAAGAAGGAUCUUCAACUGUCGGUGAAGGCACAUCUGCUUCCCAAGCUCCAGCGCCAACUGUUGUGAACCACUCUCCACCUCCUGCGGGCGCUGUAGAUAAUGCACAAUUGGCCUCGAUACCAGUGCAGAUCAUAGAUGACAGCUCGCCGGAGGCUGAAAAUAGAGUACUGCUAUUGGAUGCACCUCGCGAAGAACCAAGCGACGUUCCUGUCCUGGAACAGACAGCGCCUGACUCAAUUCCUGUUCCCAGCGAAGCUAGCCCAGAGACAAUGCUAGCGAUCAUUGUGUAUGAGCCCCCAAUCGAAGAGGUUCCAAACGUCGUUGGAACUGGGGAUGAUGUAAUCGGAGCAGUAGAAGCAGAAGCUGCUGAGCCUGUUCCUAACGUGGUUGAUCGGGAACUUCCUCCCCCUGCCCCCCAAGUCGCUGAAGCUGAAGAAUUGGAAGACCUUCCUGAACCAGUGCCGGAAGUACCUAUCGCUGAACCUCCUGAGGCCCCUGUCGCUGAGCCUCCUACUCCCUCUACUUUGGAAAGGUUAGCUCGUGUACUUGAAGUGACCCCCCCUGGGGUUGUAGAUGAAGUCAGAGAAGGUCUUCGCCGCUUCCUGGGCCCUGAUAUCUUGAUUCCUGGUGCGCCUGUGAGGGUCCUAGAAUACUUGAGGAUGCUCCUCCGCGAGGGAGCCAUCACUGAGGAACAAUUCCAGGAAAUCGAUCAACUGUUGCAGGAUCUUCCUCAAGGGCUCAACGAGCGGGCAGUCGCGAAUGCGCAAGCCAGGCAGACCGAAAUGCAUUAUCAGAACCUUACUCAGCAAACGGAGACCGCGCGCGACUUCUUGGGGUAUGAGCAAAAAGCUUUCACACUUGAACUUUCCUUGGAGCUGGUUGAUUAUGAGCAAAGAGUCGCCGUGUACCUGAACGUCCCUCACCCCUAA